AGGGCGAAAAAUUACGUCACUAUCGUAGAAAUCUCACUUCCUUUUUAUCUGAUGCUCUAGGUCAGUAAGAACUCUUCAUUUCGUUAAAAACAUGAAUUGGACAAGUUUCUUUUUGUUGUGUCCCCUUCUCGUCCUAGCUCACAGAGUGAAAAUAGGAAGAGUGAGUGGUCCAGGAGAUGAUGACCGUCUUACAACAGAAGAGUUCUGGUCGUAUAGUCCAAAUUCGGCUACAUCUCUUAUUUUGGAACCGGUGACACACAAAAUACAAUGGUGGACCACCUUAGAUGCCACAGUAGCUGUUUGCAAACUCGCUGAGCGUGGAGUUCGAGCUCUGGUUAUGGAUGGACCCCCACGGCUCAGUCCUUUGCUGGCUACAUAUUCAAAGCAUAUGCAGAUGCCCAGUAUAGGAGGAACGGUGAAUGUUCUUCCGGAUGCGAACGAGGCAGCUGCUUUUUUCAUUCAACAGUGGAAAACCUUUGCCUUCAUCUAUACAACAGAAACAGGGCCGGAUCAGCUUCAGAAGAUUCUACGUCUUUUAGAUUUCACUCCCAGGGUAGAGGCUUUCUGGCGUACUAAUGGCGCAAAGGAGACUCUAGAAUUCGCCAAAUCUCUGCCGAAUGUUCCAUUAGUGAUAUCUUCCUCGGAAUCAUUUGUGGAUGAGUUAUUGUCUUAUUUGGCUAUAUUGAGAAGAAGUUUUGAUAUAAUGCUCUUAACACCUGUUGGUAGCGUACGAAAGAAGCUGCAUCCCGGCUCCUACAGACUUAUUCAAUUCUCUUUUGUGGAUCAAGACUCACCCACUCUGAAAGGCUUCGAAAACAGAUGGAAAACCAUUCGAAGAAGUUCCAAUACCGACAAAGAACUGCCUGAUAGUGCCAUAUUGAAUCAUGAAGCUAGCACAGUUUUUCAAAACUUGUUCAAUGAGCAAAGAUCUUCUGAUUUUUCCGGACAGAAGUUUGAUUGCUUUAAUUACAGCGCAGGGAUAUCACCUAACGAUUUACAAAAUGUGUUCGUGUCAGAUGGACUAAGUGGGGAAAUAAAAUUUGAUUCUGAGGGAAGAAGAAAAGAUUACAAGCUUAAUAUCUAUGAAGAAAGGCCAGUAGAUUUGAGAAAGAUAGGAUGGUGGUCGGCUAACGAGGGUGUACAGCUUUCAGAAAAACAUAUGCAAAUGUCUCCCACUUCGGCUGCUCAACAAGAUGAACGUGCUACGCAUUUUCGGGUUACAAGUAUUAUAAACAAACCAUUUUUGUUCGAAAGCUCAGAUGGCAAUUUGCAAGGUUUCAUUAUUGAUUUCCUAGAAGAACUGAAGACUGUCCUUCGUAUAUCAUACACCUUAAAUUUAGUGAAAGAUGGUAAAUAUGGUAUGGUGAAUCCUGACGGCACAUGGAAUGGUAUGAUUGGAGAACUUUUGAGAGGUGAAGCAGAUAUGAUAGUCAGUGAUCUAACAAAAACAAAAUUCCGUGAAGCUGUAGUAGAUUACAGCAAACCUUUCAUGACAUUUGGACUGAAUAUCCUGAUGAAGAAACCGGAUAAUAUUCAGCACGAGAGGUCAUCAUUCAGUCCUUUCAGCUUUUUGAAGGUGUGGUCAGCCGAGACAUGGACUGUCGUCAUACUGUCUCUGUUAGUGUUGUCUGGGACAUGUUACCUAAUUAGCAGAUAUGUGGCACCACCAGACCGGGUACGAGCCUUGGAAUCUAAAGGGACUGAUAAUCUUUCACCCUGUGGCAGCUUGUGGUUCACGUGUUCAUCGUUGUUACUGAGAGACACGGGUAUCUAUCCCAGGACGUUCUCCCAUCGUGUCUGGGCAUGUUUGUGGUGGAUGAUGUGCUUCUUUCUUGCUAUAGCUUACGUUUCUCACCUUAGUGCCUCCCUCUUACAGACAAGGAGAAGCAUCACAACUACCCAUUCUAUUAAGAAGUCUCAGGAAGUCAUUCAAGACGCACUUGAAAAAGGUAAACCAGAUCUAGGAACUCUAAUUGCUGGAUCAACUAAUCAGUUCUUUAUGAACUCAAGCAUCGGAAUGUAUGAGAGGUAUGGGCGAUAUAUGGAGAAAAAUCCAGAUGUUCUGACCAGAACAUACGCAGAAGGAGCGAAAAGAGUUCGAGAAUCGGAUGGAGCUUAUGCUUUCAUCAUGGAAUCACCAUCCAGUGACUUCUAUGCCAACACUCAGCCAUGUGACCUGUUUGUUUCUGCUAGUUAUCUCACUACGAAGACUCACGCUAUAGCCUUGCCAAAGAACUCUAAUAACAAAGAUAUGAUAGAUCAUGGCGUUCUGUUACUGUUAGAAAGUGGUACUCUCCGCAUGCUCUAUGAAAAAUGGUGGCAUACCUAUUCUUUCAAUUGUGAGGAUCCUAACAUGGACAUCUUAACCAAAGUUUACAACAAGUCCCUAAGACUGCAUGAAGUUUCAGGAGCCUUUUACAUACUAAUAAUAAUAACUCUCGUAUCAUUGGCAGCAGCUGCUAUUGAAAAGUACACAUCCGCUAAAAAGAUCACGCUUGACUAACUGAAAACAUCAUAUAAAGAUCUCGUGUAUUUGAUGAGUUGUUCAACUGACAUAACUGCUGGAAAGUGAAAUUCUGUACAAAAGAUUUUGUUGAUUUUAUGCUUUACUUAUAGUAUGAUGUCAUUAUUUAUUGUUAGAAAUAAAGUUACAGGUAUUUUUAUUAAUA